AAGGCGAAGGAAAAUCCCAAUCUCCAGAAUCGUAAUCAGAAGAAAGGGAAGAAGAACGGGGAGAAUCGAGAACGAGAAGAAAAGAUGUCUUCACUUGCAGCUGCUAGAGCGGAUAACUUUUACUAUCCUCCGGAAUGGGACCCAAGUCAGGGCUCUUUGAACAAGUUUCAUGGUCAACAUGCUUUGAGAGAGAGGGCAAGGAAAAUAGAUCAAGGCAUUUUGAUCAUAAGGUUUGAAAUGCCUUUCAAUGUUUGGUGUGGUGGAUGCAAUUCCAUGAUUGCAAAAGGUGUACGGUUCAAUGCUGAAAAGAAGCAAGUGGGAAAUUAUUAUUCUACAAAGAUAUGGAGCUUUACCAUGAAGUCUGCAUGCUGCAAACAUGAGAUCGUCAUUCAGACAGACCCAAAAAAUUGCGAGUAUGUGAUCAUUAGUGGAGCUCAGAGGAAAACUGAAGUGUUUGAUGUUGAGGAUGCAGAGACUUUAGAACUCCCUGCUGAUGAAGAAAGAGGCAAGCUUGCAGAUCCAUUUUACCGUCUUGAACAUCAGGAAGAGGAUUUGCAGAAGAAGAAAGAAGCUGAGCCAGUGCUAGUGCGCCUCCAGCGAGUGUCUGAUGCCAGGCAUUCAGAUGACUAUGCCCUCAACAAAGCUCUCCGUGACAAACUUAGAAGUCAAAAGAAGAGGGUUGUUGAAGAGGAAUCUGCUUCGAGGAAAAUGGGCCUAAGCAUUCGACUCCUUCCGGCAACCAAAGAAGAUGCUGCUACUGCUUCAGGGGUCAAGUUUUCUUCCAAGUUUGACAGAAAUAGAAAAGAUAAGCGAGCAUUGAUUAAAGCUGCUUCAAUCUUCCCUGGAUCAUCUGGGUCCUCCAUGUCCUCCAAUACGAAAAGGUUGGAGCUAGAGUCCAAGAGAAGAAAGAUCUCUGCAGCUGCAGCUUCUAACUUGCUGACAGGGGGAUUCAAGCCAUCGUCAUGGUCACGAAAUGCUGUGAAGAAGAGUGCUUCAAUGACUGCACGAAAGUUUUAGCUUGAAAAAUUGAGACUGCUUGUAUAUAAAAUAUAUCUACUGCUUGUCAACGACCAGAGAUCUGUCUGUGGUCAUAACAUAUCAAUCGAGAUGUGUAAUAGGUAUUCUAUGUGAUACAAUUAUUAUAUUUUGAAAAUGGAAUGAGUAGAUAGUUUUGCUUCCCACUUCAA